ACGAGGCCGCGAGUCACAGGUGUGCAUAUCGCGUUCGCGCGCCCCACGGAACGUGUGCGUGUUGACGAUAGUGGCGGGACGCGCGGUGUUUCGUGCCCGCAUCGAUUGCGCAGGACCGAUAGAUCGCGGAUCUGGCCGGAUUUCGUGGCUUUUCCCGUCGGGAUAGCUGGGCGAAACGCGAGGCGAGGACCUCCGACAUAUAUACAAGCGAGUGAUGGCCCUGCGCCUGAGGGGUAGCAAGGAUGUCAAGAAGAGCUUCUACUACGUCUGGUACCUUGGCGCGAGGGAGGCCAAGGGGGUGGACGCGAUGCCCGGUGCCAUAGCUUACCUGCUGGAGCGGGAACGACUUCAAGAGCCUUUCAAGGUCACGCUGCAGGUGAGCAACAAAGGUCUGAAGAUUAUACAAACUGUUCACCCUGGCGGCUCGACGAGGUCGGCGGUGAAGCACUUGGUACCAGGUCACGCGGUGCUGGCAGCCGUGCAGCGGGAGGACAUCGUGGCCGCGACUCUGCUCCUACCAAAUCCAGCGACGAACAAUCCCGUGCACGUGCACGCAUAUAGAUGCGACUCGGUCGAGACCGCCGAAUUGUUAGGUGGCCAGCUGAAAGCGCUGGCGUCACACACCGACAAUUUGGCCAGGGUCACGGCGAGCGAGGGCAGAAUCCGCAGCAAUCUAGGCAGCGAUGGCCGAAGUACCAGGGAGUCCGAGUCUUCCGAAGGUAGCGGUGAGCUCAGACACGAUCCGGUCCAAGCCACGACCAUUUACGAAUCUUUGGCCGCCGAGUUGCGGGCAAAAUUAGGCAGAGGCAAUUCCGGUGACAAUGACGUCGGUCCGAUAUUACUGCCGCCGCGCGACUACGACACCGUGCACAGGCACCGCGGCAACUUGGCCGGCAUCGAGUUCAGGCGUUGCCUGAACCAGUCCAUCGUGGGUGGUAGCACGGCCAUCGACAGGGGUGGCACGAGAAGCGCGGCCAGCAGCGGCAUAGGAUCCGACAGCGCGGCGACGCCACCGCCUUAUCAGACGCACCAUCCCCUCGGCCAGAGGCCGUCCCGGCCGUCCCGGGAUUCCUCCUCCGACGACGACUGGGGUGUAUCAAACGAGGAUAAUGACUAUCUGCCAGAAGUGGAGACAGCUGCGAGUCUGACAUUGCCGCGACUGCCGCGAAGCCCCGAGAGGCUACCCAAUCAAGCGAACAGGGGAGUCUCGCCGAGCUGUAACAGGAAUCGGCGAGCGGCGGAAUUUAGACAGCGAUCGCCGAGUCCUCAAUAUCAGCCCAGGGUCAAUCCCGGUGAGGUGACCAGUCCCAGAGAGAGGUUCCAAGAUGCCAAGAAAAUGUUCAGGGCGAUGGAGAGGGAGGCCGUCGCCAGGCAGAGAGACGUCGAGCAUCAUCCUGUACACAGAGUCCAAUCGGCCAGACAAGUUCACGAGGACCGAUCCGGCCGCCAAUAUCCGGCGAGCAUGAACUCCAUGUCAUCGCACGAGCACGCAAUCAGACGAAGUCAGCCGGACGUGCUUGAUCGUGAAAACGUCGUGUCUUACAAAGGCAGACCACGGCCCAGGACUCAUCAUUAUGCGAUUGAACGUUUACCCGAGCCGGAAACUUCGAGGCCGCGGCCAAGGAGCUUCUACGAGAAUCCGUCGGUCGGCAGAGACUUCAGAGACCAGAGGAAUCUCGUAGAUCAGAGAGACAUGCGAGAAUUUCGAGAACGUACGCAGCAUUCGCGAGAGCUGCGCGACAAGUUGCGGGCGAGGAGCUCGACCUACCAGGAGCUGUCAGAGCAUGAGAGAUAUCCUGGACUCGAUCGUGAAAGUGCCAGACCGCCGUUGGAGAUGAUCCCGACAUCCGGUAGAUACCGUCAUAGCUACGCCGAGCCGCCGAGAUUGGGCCUAGCUGCGCUUCAUCCCUAUUGAUGUGCCCGUUUCUAAUUGGUGGAUUAUUUAAUGAAUUAACCGACAUAUCGCGCUAUCGUUAUUAUUCACUAUGCACUAUGCCUUGACCGUUCAGUGUGUUCAUGGCUAAUGGCCUUUAUCCCGCCUCUGCAAUAAAAUGAGGAAGGAGAAGGGCGUUCGAGGACUGCGAUAUGGAUAUUUUUAUUUUUUCGACUCUGGGACGGCUAACAGGUAACAGUUUUCGAUUAACAUUAAUCAUUCAACAUCAUUCUUUACGUCAGCGAUUCUAUGUAUCAAUCGCUUAAAUUAUAUAAUACACCCAAAAAUGGCUCAUUUAACGUAAUUUAACUGGAGAUACAAAUUGUCCAGUUGAAUAGUCACUGUGAAAAGUGAAAGAAUUUUGAUAGCGCUUUAAAAGAACCGCAGAUGUGUGACUUUGACGAUUUGCUCACGUAUCGUGCCACUGAACAGUCAAUGCCGAUUGGAGAUUGUAUAUGUAUGUAACGAGAGUAAAAGAAGCUUGUAUGUAUAUGUAUUUCACUUUCGAUGAAUCCAGCUGACUUUGCGUAUCGUUGUUAUCGCGUACGAACGCAGGAUUUCGUUGGUAGGAUGGUUCUGAUUGAGAGAACGAAUUCUAGCACGAUCCCGUGUACGUACCAUAUUGUUAUGCGUCAGAUGCCACACUAACAAUACAAUAAUAAUAGUAACACAAUAAUACCGAUAAUAACAGUACCAAUAAUAAUUAUAACAACAAUCUCUCGUAUUAUUUAUUUCUUCCUUCGAUCUACCGAAGUCGCCGAACGUGAUCGAAAAUGAAUGAAAUAAAUCUGAACACAAACUUAUUUAAAAGAGAUAUAAAUUUAUGUAAUUUUAUUCAUAUAAUCAAAAUGUGCAAAAUGCAUUUAUCAAAAAUUGAUUAUUACAUAAAAGUUUCUCUUCUUUACUAAGGGAAAGUGGCUACUAAAUCAAUGCCUUUGCCGUAAAGACGUCCGUCCGGAAGCCACUGCUGAAGGACAUAGCUUCUUAUUAAAUUAAAUGUUUAUUAGGAAUUAUAGAAAAUAUAAUAUUUCGUCUUAUGUAUUGGGAAAGUAAUUGAAUGUUUCUCUCGUUAAACGUAUUACGUAACGUGGUUUCUAUCCCUGGUUGAGAUAACAACCCAAUUUAUAUUUUGCACGAUGGGAAUUCUAGAAGAUAGCGCGUAUAUAACACACCAUGAAUCUUCAUUCAAUUCGUUCCGCGAUCAUAUCCCCGUAGUAACAUCAGCGGUUACGUAAAAGAGACAUUCAGUUGUAAUAAAAUGAACUCGGGGAAUUCUGCAGCGACAGUUACAUAUACGUGGAUGUAGAGGUGAAAAUCAGGCACAAGCAUGGCGCAAGCAAUGAUCUCUCCGAUUUCCAGGAAGACGUUGCCCCU